GCUAGUUUAAAGUUUUAUUUGUGUCAUUGUGUUGAUUUACUUUUUUCUGUUCUUCUUCAGGGUGCCAAUACAGUGGACAGUUCAGCAAUAGGAAGGAGGACGUGGAUAGGUUUCUACAGCAUCUUUUAGAGAGAAACAGUAGGCACAUCAUGCAAUGAGAUGGCCAUGCAAACUUUGUAGCUUUAGGUCAUCAAAACGUUUAGAGCUUCUAAAACAUUUAGUUGACAAUAGUCAUGGAGUUAAAAGACACUGUCCAAUCACUCAAAGUUUAAAACAUUUUCAUGUAACAACAGGGUACCCACCUGACGUGUUACAUGAUCUACUCGAAGGCAUUGUCCCUUUAGAACUGGCAUUGUGUUUAGACAUCUUGAUUAAAAAGACAUAUUUCUCAUUUCAGGAGCUCAACACAACCAUUAAAAACUUUCCCUACAAAGGGAAAGAUAAAGCUAAUUGUCCACAGGGUAUACCUCCAACAUUUGCCUCUCGCAAAACUAUCGGAGGUAAUGCACAUGAAAAUUGGUGCUUGUUGAGGCUCCUUCCUCUGAUGAUUGGUUGCAAGGUCCCAAAAGACGAACAAGUAUGGCAACUUUUGAUGACACUUAUAGAUGUUGUUGAAAUAGUAAUGUCACCUGGCCACACAGAUCAAAGUAUUGGUUUCCUAGAUAGUCUGAUUUCUGAGCACAGGCAAAGAUUUACCCUCGUGUUUCCAGAGGAGAAAUUGAUUCCCAAACACCAUUUUGUUGAGCAUUACCCACAACUUAUUAAAUCCUUUGGUCCACUAGUCUUCAUGUGGACAAUGAGGUUUGAAGCCAAGCAUCACUUUUUCAAAAAGGUAGUGAGACAGACCAGUUGCUUUCGGAACAUUUUAAAAUCAAUGGCAAAAAAACAUCAGUCCAUGAUAGCCUUCCACCUUCAUGGUUCAAAGCUCAAAAGUCCUGCCUUUUCUGUGUCAAAAACAUCUCUAGUACCAUUAGAGGUUGUAAAUGAAAUUCUCCAAGAAUUUCUGAAACAAAAAUGUCCUGGAGAAAAGAUGGUGAAUUUGGUUGGAAAGGCAGAAUGUCAAGGGACCACUUAUAGUAUUGGUAUGAUGCUGGUCUAUUAUUCCACUGAUGAUCUGCCAGAUUUUGCAGAAAUAUUACAAAUAGUUGUAGUUUGUGAUAGCUUAGUGUUUGUUGUGAAACUUCACAGUGCUUGGUACUGUGAGCAUUUAAGAUCGUUCAAGCUCGAGUCCACAAUCACUGUAAAAGUCCUUCAGCAGUCAUAGCUAAAAGAUGUUUAUCCUUUGGUUACCUACUCUGUGGGAGGUGAUCGAAUGGUUUCUCUAAAACAUCAUAUCUCUUUUGAUAACAAGGUAAAGCCUUACUUUGUAUUAUUGGAACAUUUAUUGUAUUACUUAAACAUUUAUACACUUCUCUCUUUUCGCCCUUCUGCUUUCCCAGGUUUGAAAAGAUGUCUUGUGCUGCUGCUCAGCUGCGUGUCAUUAUUGAGGAUACACAAAUUCGCAAAAUGCACUUGCCAGACGGAAUCCCAACCACAGUGGAAGAACUGCUUAUGGCAGUAAAGCAUCAUUUCUGCCUCGAUGGGAACUUGGCACUAAUGUAUAUGGACAAAGAUUUUGACAAUCAGUUCUUUACUCUAACAUCCACCAAUGAACUAAAGGACAAAGACACUUUAAAAGUUGAUGACAGAGAGCCAUCAGUUAUUCUUACACUGGCUCCUGUUGGUGACAUUUCCGCAUCUUCUCAAGGGUCACUGAAUCAGUCUGCCUCAGAUAACAGUUCUUUGGUAAAUUGUUCAGACACCAUCAUUUUACCACAGCCUCCAGCGUUUCGUUCACAAACCUGGCCAACUAAUUUUGUAAUACCUUUGUUUUCAUACAAUGUCGAGUUGCUUCUUCAAGAAGGGAAUAAGGCAUGUGAAAGGGAUGGCUCUCUCAUUCAGAAUCCAUCUUUGAAAUCUGACAUUCUGGAGAAACUUGCUGAAGAAAUUUUUCAAUACACUGCCUAUCCCUCAGGUUUGCAAAUACUGACAGUUGUUGAAGCACUGCUAAAAAAGCAUCCAUGCCUACAAGAGCCAGGAACUUCAUUAUCUGGCUUGUAUGGAUGGCAGCAGCGCCUGAAGUACAAGAUGGCUAAUUUCCGAUCAAAAUUAAGAAAACGAAAAGUACCAUGUCCUGAACUUGACAUUAACUCAUUUCAUGGAAAGACACAUGGCAGAAAUACCCCCAAGAUCUGCAAAAAGCCAAGAAGAGCAGAGGUAAAUUACCUCCCUCCUCUUCCAAGUGGGGAAACAAUUGAGACUCUUGAACUUACUAGAAAAGAACUACUUACUGAUGUAAAGAAGAAAUAUAACGGCAAAGAGAUCCAGGAAAAGAUCGCUGCAACGUUCUCCAGUCGAAGACUGGAAGUAGUAAGGUCCACCCCCUCCAUAAAGGAUUUCAUGGAGAGAUGGCCUGCUUUAUUUUCUGAAACCGAGAUCAAAGAGGAAUUCUACCGGUUAACAACCAUUUCGCUGGAGCAGAAGUUCAUAUAUAACUUGGACAAGUACACACCAAAACUUAUUGGUCUGAUGGAGGCAAAAGGAGGGAUCAUUGGAAGCAAGCUAAAGCCGAUUUUGCUAAAACUUAGACAGAACCAGAGUAUCAAGAUGAGACGUGAAGCUGUGAUCAACGGCCUAAUCCUGUACCUCGGUGAGAAGCAAGACGAACUCAUCAAGGAUUGCCAUGUAAUGUAUUAAUUGAUUACUUUAUGGUCUGCAUAAUUUAAGUUUUAUUUCUUUUUAUUUUACACUACUAACAACUGGUU